UUCAUAUUUGCAUCGUCACGCCCAAAGCACACAUUAUGCAUGCCUGAAGAAUAUUUUUUUGUCUUUUUGUCAAAUGUUCAGUGAACCGUCCUAAAGGGGUUUACUAAGAAGCUUGUCAAAGCCCUUACUAAAAAAGCUCUUGCACAUUUGUAUUUACUAAGGUGAAGGUUAGACUUACUGGAAAACUUACCUAAACUUACCUCGUCUUAAAACCAUAGUGAAAUUGAAAUUGCUUGAAGAGCCUGAAGAAAAAAACAAGUGUACAUAUCCCUACUAUCGUCUCGCUUACGUAUUCAUGAUGGGUAAUAUCCAAAACAGUGGAAUUCUCUCUGGUUUGAUGCUCUCAUGGCUUAACCCAGCUGUAGAGAUAUCCAACAGACGUCCUCUAGAACAAACAGACCUGCCCAAUUUAGAUGGCGCCGACUUCAAAUGCGAGAAUCUUACGAAGCGAUUGGAGAACUCCUGGGCGAGGGAAAAAGCUGUCGCUAAGCUUCGCCGAACACAGCCUGAUUUAUGGAAAGCGCUAUUUCAAACAUUCUCUAAAAGAGACUAUGCGAUUAUAAUGAUCUUGAUGCUCGUAACCACGGUGACUAUGUGCCUUUUACCGUUCUUGUUGUACUGUGUUUUGCUUGAGCUUUCAGGGUCUGCUCCCCUAAGACACGAGGCGCUUAUCACGGCUGUCUGUUUGUGCCUUUGUGCUUGGGUCAAGGCAGUAAGCUUCUCUCGACUUGAGUUUCGGGCAGCUUCACAUGCCAUUCAAGUUGUAUCAGCACUGUCCGGUAUCGUCUACAAAAAGAUGCUGCGACAGAGUAGUAGCAAAAUCUCUGACGUCAUGUCCGGUCACGUGAUAAAUCUCUUCGCCACGGACGUACAGUCGUUCCGUUAUGGAAUAACCGCCAUACCGGGUCUUGUGAUGGCUCCAAUCAUUAUCGCAACGACAGCGACGGUCAUGGUGUGGCUGGCAGGCUGGCCUGCGUUGGUUGGUCUGGCAAUGUCUGUGGGGUACAUAGCCAUACAGAGCGUUGUCGUCAAGCUGUGCGAGUACUACCGUGAGAAGACCGUGAAAGUUACGGACCAGCGUGUUACCCUCGUCAGUCAGAUCAUCUCGGGGAUUCGCGUUAUUAAGAUGAACGCAUGGGAAACGCCCUACUACGCGGCCCUCAAUAGAAUACGAAGGAGUGAGAUGUACCUCCUUGCCAAGAAGUACAGAGUAAUCGCGCUAUUCGACACCUUCUACUGCUCGUCCCUGCCCUCAUUCUGCGUUAUGCUUUGCUACAUGUUCACAAACAGGCAGCUAGAUCACGUGGUCAUCUUUACCGUCUUGUCCUACUUCACCGAGCUUAAGUUAACCGUGAGCUGGCAUCUUGCAUACGGCACUAAAGUCUUGACUGACAGCAUCGUUUCAAUGGAAAGGAUUAGAGCUUUCUUAUUAGACGAUGCUAAAGAAAUAGCCCAACCAAGCACGUUCACAGCUCUUCGCCGAAGUGGAAGCAGGCUUUCGGGUAGAGGAAUGAUUUUCUUCGGGCGAGACAAGGGUGGAACAACCAUUAAAACCCCCAAUGUCCCUAAAAAAGCCGCAUUGAUCCGCGUGAAAAGCAAUCCUCGCCAAGAAAAUGACAAGAGUGUCAAUAUUCUUCAUGACAUCUCUAUGGAGGUAUCCGACGAUAGCCUCGUUGCUGUGAUCGGCCCAGUCGGCUCUGGGAAAUCUACGCUUCUUGAGACAAUCAGUGGCAUGGACCCAACAUUUAGAGGCAAGGUAGAGACCAGAGGGUCCAUAGCCUAUGUUCCUCAGAUGCCGUGGAUUUUUCUAGGAACAGUCCGGGAAAAUAUAUUAUUCAACGCGUCUUAUGAUGCUGACAAAUACGAGAGAGUGAUCGAGGCCUGUGAUUUGAAGAGUGAUUUCAAGACGUUCCCAAACGGGGACUUGUCUGUUAUUGGAGAGCGCGGUAUUGCUCUGAGUGGGGGCCAGCGGGCUCGUGUCAGCUUAGCACGCGCAGUGUACCUAGACGCAGACGUUUAUCUCUUGGACGAUCCUCUAAGUGCGGUGGAUUUUAAAGUCGGAAAGCACAUCUUUGAGCGGUGUAUAUGCGGUGUACUAAAGAGCAAACUGCGGGUUCUUGUCACGCACAAUGAGCACUGCCUUGAAAACGUCGACGAGGUCAUCCUCAUGGAAAAGGGGACAAUCGUGUCUAAAAGCAGCUAUCAGGAAUUCAUUGACGCAAGUCGAAUCAAUAAAGAAGGGGCAUUGUCUUGCAAUAGUCUUAAGAGACCAGCAAAUGAGGAUGGGAAAGAUGAGGAUGAUGCAGCGAAAGGUGGGGGUAUAUCGGCAGCUACAGAAGAGAAGGAUAUCGGUGCAGUGUCAUGCAAGAACUACUGGGAAUAUCUGCGUGCUGGUCUCGCUGCCCCGUUCAUUAUUAUCAUGGGAAUCGUUCUGCUUCUUGUUCCAGUUCUAAGCGCAUCGCCAAACUGGAUCUUAGCCAAGUGGGACAAGCUAUCAUGGGAUAACCCUGACAACCAUGGCAUCAUCAUCGCCUACAUAAGCCUUAGUCUAUCGACAAAUUUGUUUCGAUACGUCCUGUUUGCGGCCAUUUACUUCGCCGUCCUCCGAUGCUCCAGUAAACUCCACAACAAGAUGGGCCACUCGCUUCUUCACGCUCCGGUCCACUUCUUCGACAGGAAUCCGACAGGAAGAAUCGUGAAUCGGUUCUCGGCGGAUCUCGGUGAAGCUGAUAACAAACUUCCGACAGCUCUCGGGUUUUCGCUGAAUGCAUUUGAUAUGUUUGUGUUUUUAUUCGUCCCAGUUCUUGCCAGCUACUGGCUAUUACUCGCCAUGGUGAUACCGCUAUUCCUGAUGUUAUGGUAUAGCGUCAAGUUUCUUCGAGUAUCACGUGACGCCACAAGGUUACAAUCCCUGGCCCGGUCUCCUGUCUUUUCGCACAUUUCAAACACCGUAGAGGGUUUGCCAGCAAUCCACAUGCAUGACGCCAGUCACGUGUUUAUCCAGAGACUCUGCAGCCAUCAGAAUAACUUGACUCAAGCGAGUUUCUCAGCGAUGAGUAUGUGGCUCUGGUUGAAUAUGCGAGUGCUCAACUCAGGAAUCGUGUUCCUUGUAAUAAUUAGCAUCGCCGUCAUCACACUUUCUUCGUCUGCAGGUUUUGUUGGCCUGGCGAUUACAUACGCGCUCACGAUUCUCCUAGACGCCCCUUACGUAAUAGAGUCUUUUGGACACGUGCAGGCAAUCAUGACGUCAAUACAGAGGGUGAUGGAGUACUGCAGGAUCGCUCCUGAGCCCGCCUAUCGGAUACAAGUGAAGCCGACACGUGACUGGCCUCGACAUGGAGCGUUACUAUUCAAUCACGUGUCAUUGCGUUAUUACAAAGACGGGCCUCAAGUCCUGAAGGACGUGACGUUCAGUAUUGAACCUCAGCAGAAAAUCGGCAUCGCGGGCAGAACUGGAGCCGGAAAGUCGUCUAUUGUUGCGUCGCUAAUGCGCAUGCCUGAGGCUACACCUGGGAUUCAAAUUGAUGGAGUCGAUAUUUGCGGGCUCAACCUGCAGUCAACCAGACAAGCAGUUUCCGUGAUCCAGCAAAAUCCGGUUAUGUUUUGUGGCUCUAUCAGAAAUAACCUUGACCCGUUUGACAUAUACACAGACGACGAGAUCUGGAGCGCGUUACACGAUGCCAAGGUGGGGCCUCUUGUCUCAGGUUUGGUUGGUAAACUGAAAUACCACAUCCAAGAGGGCGGGGCGAAUUUCAGCGUCGGAGAACGACAACUGUUCUCACUGGCAAGAGCCCUGCUGCACAAGAAAAAGAUCAUCGUCAUGGACGAGGCGACAGCUAAUGUGGACCCACAGACGGAUCACUUGAUCCAGACCACCAUCCGAGACAAGUUCAAGGACUGCACCGUGCUCAUCAUUGCUCACCGACUCAGCACCAUCAUGGACUGUGACCGCAUCAUGGUGCUACACGAUGGUCAAGUGGUUGAGAUGGGCACCCCUGAGGCGCUGAUGGGGAACGCUGACAGCUGGCUUGCUCAGUUAUGGCAACAUUCACACUGAUGGGAUACCUGUAAUAAUGUCCCACAGCCAGUCAAGUCAUGUUAGUGAUUAGAAUAGAACGCCGGGGGGUACCUCAACUGCAGGGGUUCCAGUUUUCGUCCUUUAAAGUAUACGGCCAUCAUGUCCCCUACAGGCGCCCUAUACUUCCUUAGGGCUCUCACAAAGCGAAGAGCCUGCGGUUGGCUUGUAACUAUAUAAUUGCAGGGCUGUAGCAGGGGGGGGGGGGGGGGGCACUGGGGGCACGUGCCCCACCCCCCAUCCCCCCAAUAUUUUAAACUUGGAGUUUCUAAUAGAAAGUAAAGUGCUGGGAGCAGUCAACUCAAGGGACAAGUCCAGAUAAGAGUUAUGUGUAGAUAAAUGCUUAUCCAACGAAUAGAUCCUGAACAAAUCCUAUACAACAGAUAACUUUUGUCCGUGGAUAACUUUCUCCAGACUUUCAGGAACCGGGCCCUGGUUUCCAUAAAGCCUAGUCUAAUAUUGUAAUAAUAAUAGCCUAUUGUAUUAUUUGAUUGACAUUGUAAUCAAUACUAGAUAACCGCACCCAUUUGUAAUCACGUAUAAGCUUUAGCUCGACCAUCAAUAAACGCUAUUCAAUCACUA